AUAUUGGUUUCAAUCAAUUGAUCGUUCGUCGCGGCUUUGAAUAUCCGGCAAAAGAAUAAUCCGUCGCCGCAUUCGGGCGGAGUCCUGCGCAAGUUCGCUCGAGGGAGCUGUGACGUCACGGGGCAAGAUGGCCGCCGAUAUUGGAAAUGGAGUAGCCUAGAGACUGGGCGGUAGUGAGAGCCACUUAGGUGUGUCAGUUCGGCUUUUUCGCGAGAAUGCAAUCGAAAUUUAACAAACCAGCACUAGUGCCGUGCGUGUACUGUGAUAAGAAGAGUGCGCGAUUGUUUCAGUGUACAAAGUAACUGGAUAUUUUGAACGUCACGGUUUGCCGACGGAAGACGGCCAAUUUUCUUAUCUUGUCAGAACCUCCCGUAGUCAUCUUAUCGCGACAGGACUUCUUUUUCAGAACGUUUUCUCACGUGAACAAUGAGCAGCCUUAGAGAGUGAGGAAAACUCGGAAAUUGUGUCCUAGAUAAAGCAAAAAUAUUUGACCGCUUCAUCGUCAACUGGUUUACUAGCGAUGGAAAGACGGAAAUGAUAAAAAUUCCUUUACGUAUACAAGUGCAUUUUUCUUCACCAAUGUGUUUCAGAGGAUUGUGUUCUAUAGUUCAGGGUGAAGUUAAACUCUUGUGGAGAAGAUUUUAACAAUUGUAUUCUGUGUCAAUCAAUGCUUGGGUUUGAUGGACUUUAAAAGGAUGGGGAAUUUUGAUUUUCACAUCCUGUUGGCUUCUCAAUGGGAAGCAAUACUCUGGGAACAAUGUUGAACUCUACAAACAUCAAAGUUUAAAGUGCAGGGAAUAUGAUGUUUUCAGUGACCAGUGGCUGAUCGAGGUGAUCACAGAUGUACAUUGCAAAAGAACUUUGUGUGUUGGUAUAUUUCAUUAAGAAGUAAAACUAUUAUGUUAUUUUGUUUGGAUAUUUUCCAUAAACUUUACAAAUAUUUCAGAGAGGAAAAACUUCUUAUUGCUUAAUUCAAUCUUUUUUAUUAUAGAAAUUUUUUGAAUAACAGCAAAGAUUUCUUAUUUAAAAGACAAGUGUCCAAAAAUGAAGGGUGAUACAAACACGAUUGACUUCUGAUGAUAAAAAAAUGUUAAAUGAUGUGAAUAGCUAACUUGAAAUAUUCAUAUUUAGCUAGUAAUUGAACAAAACUACAAACUCACAUUAUACAUGAAUUCAGAAUCAUAACACAUGACACUUUGUUAUUACAAUAGCUCAAAUUUCACCGUUCUACAAGAUAUCCAGAAUUUUUUAUCAGACAAAUUAUAACCAUAAAAUAUGGGUGGUUUAAUUAGCAUUAUCAAACUGAUAUACUAAUGGACGGAUAGACUAAUAUGAAUAUAGGGUCCUAAAUAAAAUUUUUCAAUUAUAGAUUGAGAACCUUAGUGUGAAAUUCCAAAAGUUGUAAAAUCAUCAUUUUUUGAGCAAGCAAUGAAAGCUUAUAACCAAUGGGGUAGUAGUGAUGAGUAGAUAGAUUUAAGAGGAAGUGGAAUCCUGUCAGUUCAAGGCAGUAGCACAGUAGUGUGAUAGUGUGAGAAGCAGUAACAAACAAGAUGUGGAAUAUGAUGUGCGACGUGUUGCCCACUAUUUCGGAGGACAGCAUCAGUCAGAGGAGCUCACAGUUUUCUGGCGAAGACGCUCAGUUUGAACAGCUGAUGGUCACAAUGUUAGAUGAACGGGACAAGCUGGUGGACUCGUUACGCGAGAGCCAGGAACGUUUGCAAGAAGCUGAGUCUCGACUCCAGGAAGUUGAGAAAGAAAGAGAUGCACUCAAUCGUCAAAUCAAUGCUAACAUUCCUCAGGAAUUUUCUCAACUCACAAAGGAACUGACGGCGGCUCGGGAACAGGUCCUCGAGAGAGAAGAAGAAAUUUCUGAACUCAAGGCAGAACGCAACAACACUCGGCUUCUGUUGGAACAUCUAGAGUGUUUGGUAUCUCGGCACGAAAGAUCUCUCAGGAUGACUGUAGUAAAACGACAAGCCGCCGCUCAAUCCGGAGUUUCAUCCGAAGUUGAGGUACUCAAAGCCCUCAAGAGUCUUUUCGAGCAUCACAAAGCCCUUGAUGAGAAGGUUCGAGAGCGACUUCGCGUGGCUCUGGAAAGAAAUACGACUCUAGAAGAGGAACUAGCCCACACCAAAGAAGAGCUCCAACAGUAUAAAGUGAGCGGACAUGCUCCAAAAGCCAUAGAAGAUAGACCCAAAGAGAACGGUCAGCUCGACGACAGUCAACAAAAUAAGAGUCAGACCGAGCAGGCAGGAAGCCAACAGCAGCAGCAACCUGAGCAACAGCAGCAGCAACAACAACAGUCGCAAAAACUAGGUACAGAGAAGCCAGCCGAGAUUGCCAGUAGACUCAGCAACGGCACUCUUGAUCCCAACGACCAGGAUUCCGCUGUUCGUGUUAUUGACUUACAAGCCACACUUGACAAGCAGAGUUCUGAACUGAGCACAUGGCAACGUCGGGUCGCAGAAAUGAGUGGACGUGUCGCGGAACUCGAGGAGAAUUUGUCGAAGGCGCAGAAGGACCUGUUGAAGACGCAAGAGACGAACGUUAAGUUGCAAAGGGAUCUGCGUGAAAAUGUUGCCCAGAAAGAAGAUCAAGAGGAGAGAAUCGCGACGCUUGAGAAACGUUAUUUGAAUGCUCAACGCGAGUCCACGAGUUUACACGAUCUUAACGAGAAGCUGGAGCAAGAACUACAACACAAGGAAGCUCAGCUGAAGUUGCAGGAGGAAAAGAUUGCUGCUAUACAAGAGAAACUGGAACUGGCCGAACAAAAACUCGCCCAAUAUGCAAAGUUACCAGAAAUGGAGGAGCAGCUGAAGCAGAGGAUGGAGGCUCUGACCCAGGUGAGGAGGCCCAACCAGCAGGCUCAGGAGAGACACGGUAGUGCGGAAGACCGAAUUCAAAGACUGGAAACGCAACUCGAGGAAAAGAAUGCCGAAGUGAUACGUCUAAAUCAGCGUCUUAAAAUGAAUGAAGAGCACAACAGUCGCCUUAGUACUACUGUCGAUAAACUAUUAUCAGAAUCAAACGAGAGGUUACAGGUGCAUUUGAAGGAAAGAAUGCACGCUCUUGAAGAGAAGAAUGCGUUAACGCAAGAACUAGAAAAGACACGAAAAAUCGCAGAGGAUCUGCAGAACGAAAAGGCAGAAAUUGUCAAGGAGUUAGGAAAGGCGCGGCUAGAAAUUGACAAUGUGAAACGACAAAUGCUUCAGCAAGAAAUCGCUUUUAAUAUUCAACAAACCGACGCCCUUACAAGAAGCCUUUCACCAAAUGCUGUCGAUCCGGGUAGUUUUUCGAGAAGCGCAAGUCACAGCAGUUUCGAUACGCAUUCAUUGCCACGAAGAAGUGCUAAGAGGUCAACCAUGGAGGAGGACUCUGCUAAGAGUUAUGUAGCUCGCACGUUAGCUGAACAGGAAUGGGAAAAGUUGCAACAGGCUCACGUGCUCGCAAACGUUCAGCAAGCUUUCGACGUUUCCAGCGAUGCUGAAGGAGACGGCGACAACGAGAGUAUUUUUAGUUCCGCAGCAGACGUCAUCAGUCCAACUGGACACACCGACGCCCAGACUUUGGCUUUGAUGCUUCAGGAGCAGUUGGACGCUAUCAAUAACGAGAUUAGACUUAUCCAGGAAGAGAAGCAGAGCACAGAAGCAAGAGCGGAAGAAUUGGAGUCCCGGGUUGGAAGCUUGGAGCAUAUGAAUUUAUUGGCUCGUGGUCGCAGCCUCGAGAGAGCAUCUCCUCCGCUCAGUGGGCGAUCUACUCCAAAAUCCCAUCACAGUCCAAAUAGGGACUACCUGCACAAAUAUCAUACCGCACCAGCCUCAAUGUCCCCAGCACACCUUCAUCAGUACGCUGCUUCUCUAGCUAGUCCAGGACAACUCUCCGAGUCUCUUCCUGCGAGCCAGCUGCAGUUGUCUGGUGAGGAACUGCAUUCUGUAAGUGAGAGGGACAGCACCGGAGGUGCAGGAAGUGCCGGAAGCGACGCAGCAUCCCCAUUAACUGCCAGAUCACUAAGGCUCGAACGAGUAGUUCAAGCGUUGGCUCACAGUCAAGAGGAAUUAAGAAGACGCACGGGACAAAGUGGAUUUUCUAGCAGUGGCUUCUCCGCGAACAGGCAUGGGCAUCAUAACAACGGCGCUCUCAAUUCUGGGACUCCCCCUUCCCCAUUGUCCUCACGUCACAGUAGCCAGGACAGUUUGCACAAGAACAACUUGAGCGGAGUCGGGCUACCCAUUGGACAGUUAUCGAGCUCUCAUUUGCACAUGCAAGCGAGCAUGAGUCCGGCUACAGCUGCGGCGGUUGCAGCUGCGCAGAAAAAGAAGGGCAUCAAGAGCAGUCUUGGCCGAUUCUUUAGCAAAAAAGACAAGAUCAAAGGGAAAGAUACCACGAUGCCUGGGGAUGUUCCGGGUAUGGGUGGUGCAAACACACCUGCAGAUCCAGACUAUGGAGAUAAUGUUUCCUUAGCUGGAACACUCGGUGGUAAGAGUGACUUUGACCGCAGGAAAAAGAAAAGCAUGUUGGACUCGUCACGGCAUGAGCUGUUGGCAGAAGCAAUGAAGGCUGGAACACCGUUCGCUCUUUGGAAUGGACCCACGAUAGUUGCCUGGUUGGAACUCUGGGUAGGAAUGCCUGCCUGGUACGUUGCAGCAUGUCGAGCAAACGUCAAAAGUGGUGCUAUUAUGAGUGCUCUCAGUGACACGGAAAUACAACGUGAGAUUGGAAUUAGUAAUCCUUUACAUCGGCUGAAACUCAGGCUAGCUAUUCAGGAGAUGGUUUCUUUAACAAGUCCAUCCGCACCAAAGACAUCGCGCACCACUUUAGCCUUUGGAGAUAUGAACCACGAAUGGAUAGGCAAUGUUUGGUUGCCCAGCCUUGGAUUGCCUCAGUACAGGUCCACUUUCAUGGAGUGUCUUGUCGAUGCCAGGAUGUUAGACCAUCUUACUAAGAAAGAUCUUCGUGGUCAGCUUAGAAUGGUUGACAGUUUUCACAGAACGAGUCUGCAGUACGGAAUAUCGUGUUUAAAAAGACUAAACUAUGAUCGACAACAAUUAGAAGAUAGACGGCGAAUGGCGGAAGGAGCAAAUGUCGAUGUUCUCGUUUGGAGCAACGAUCGCCUAAUAAGAUGGGUGCAGUCAAUCGGCCUGAAGGAAUACGGGAACAAUCUCUUAGAGUCUGGGGUACACGGCGCCCUGAUAGCUCUCGAUGAAAGUUUCGAUGCCAAUAGCUUUGCUCUGGCCUUGCAAAUUCCGACGCAGAAUACACAGGCAAGGCAAUUGUUAGAGAUGGAAUUCUCUAACUUGCUGACAGUCGGGACAGAAAGGCGGCCCGAAGAAUCGAAUAGCAUGAAUUCCUGAUCGAGUUCUUCUAGUAGACUGCCACAUCUCCACCCUCAUCACGUCUAGUCCAAAGCCCCAGCUAUUACUACUAUCUGUGCGCAAGUGUGUUGUAACUAACAGUUGUAAGAGCUUUAAGUAUCACUUCUAAGGGUAUCGUCACGCAGUCGCGAAGGAGAACCGCGUGACAUAAUGAUAUGGUACCGUAUGAGAGAAAGAGAGAGAGAGAGAGAGAGAGCCAUUAUCGUGAAAAAAUAAUUCAUACCUUUCUCCAUAGAGUGCAGAUAGCACUACGAUAGAAAAUACGGUGAACCAUGUCUUAUGGCUUAGAUAAUUUAUUAAAUGGAUACAUUGUUGUCGGUAAUAGGUCCAUCUUAAAAUAGGAAAACAUACGAUUUAAAAUGUCAAAAGUGAGAACAAUAUUUACACGAACGCGAUAUCUCUGGCUAGUCGGAUUUUCGAAACUUGCAAGUCAUCUGCACGGACUUUAAUUUAGUUCUACGGUGUAUGUAGUAUAAAGGAAAAGCAAAAAUAAUACAAUAAUGAGAAUUGGUUAUGUAACCCGUACUAGCUGUUUAUCGCACAUCUCUUAAAAGAGAUUACCUUCAGCCUCUCUCUAUGUUUUCCUAACGUUCGAUGUACCUAACCUCUGAACUGAGGAUACUGUCGCGACGCUAUUUAGCCGUUGCAGUGGAUGGUCGAAGUUGCCGAAGAGUUUCUUUGCGUCGCGAUUAUAAAGGCGAGACGAGUAGCGAUUAAAAAGUGACGUUCAACGGAUGCGUGGAAAUAUCAGCGAGAUUAGUGACUUCCUUAAUUUUCUUAUACGAGAUUUCAGAUUUCGACGACGACAAUAAUUCCGUCUGGUUUCGAGACUUUCGCACGGGAUGCACACAGGCCGCAUAUACCCGACAGCAACCAUUAGACUGUAGUAAUAAUAAAUUCUUCAUCGCUGCAUCUUGUUAUCGCAUCCUACUGUAUUAUAUCAUGUAUUCAUAAUCCACGUACAUAUUAACGAGGCCCGACGCCCAAGCACCGCACAAAGUUAAGUCGAACAAAUUUCACUUAAUCGGUCACUACCAUAUGGGAGUUGACCUCUAAAAUGCUCUCCCGCCAUCCAACGUCCGUUGAACGCACGAAGAGCCAUGUUACGUGCAUAGGUACAUACAUUCAUAUAUGCACACAGUCAUAUAUGCUCACGACAUAUACAUUAUAUAUAUAUACAAACACACACACCGAUACAUGCAUAUUUACAUACUUUAAGUUUUGCGGAAGAAAGUUUAAACAAUCUCCAUUUUUUUUUGAGUUUAUCUCCUUUCUUUUUCUGGUCUUAUUGAAGCACUUUUAGUGCUCGUAAAAAUAAGAAUUCAAAGGAUCACGCAAGAUAUAAUGUAUACUUCAAUGAAUAUGUCGAUAGACGUCAGGAUUUCGAAAUAACGCUCGUGUCCUCUUAAGUUUUCUUAACUGUCCUUUUUUUUCUUUUUUCUUUUGAAAAUGCUUACAAGUUCGAGAACGGAACACUGACAUUUUUGUACCAAACUAUUUGAGUGGCAUCGAAGUGUGCGAUACGUAUGGUAGGUGUUAUUCAAGUAAAAUGCGAACACAUGCGUCAUGUAACUGAAACACUAACGGUCGAUCGCACUUUGUGACUGCAUAAUUGUUUAAACAAAAACAAGAUACGUGCAUAUGAUAAAUAGUUAGAUGAUACACAACCGAGAAUUGUAAUUCCGAGUGGGAACCUAUCUAUCUGGAAAUAUUCUAAUCGAUCUUUCUUGUACUUUUAAUUAUGGCAAUGCAAUGAUACGGUAAAUGAUGCUCGUGUAACGUGUGACUGUUAGUGUACGUCACGUUGACUAUGAUCAAGUGGUAUUACAUGGAACGAUAUAAAUUUUGUUUGAGAAGUACAUAACUGUCGAAUAAUCCAAAAUAAUGAUCGAUUUGUCAUGGUGAUUUCUACAGUUUUAUUUCUGAGUUUGCAAUUAAAAACGAUUAAAUACUAUGAAAAAACAAAUUCGGUACUCGUGAUGAUGCGUUACAUAUAAUUCUUUUUUAACCUGUUGAAUAUACAGAUUUCCGACGAUUUAUUUGAUAAUGGCGAUUUCAUUUAUAAUGAAUCGUUAAUAUACUUCAUUUGUGAAGACGUAAUGCGACCGACGCAUUUACUUCUCAAGGAUUUUGAAAACAAACCCGCACAAGAAUGUCUUAAUUCAUUAACGGUCGACCGACGGUUAAAAUGUGGUGGCUAACGAGAAAACCAGGAAAGAAUAUAAAUGCCGUGAAAUUACAGGAAACGUGUAAUUAUAUAUUAAAAGUAACGAUGACGAUCAUUAUGAAAAUGAAUGGCAGUGACGACGAAUGUAGAUGAUCAUGAUAAUUAUAAUUAUUACGGCACGGAACGAGAAAUGAGUGAUGCUGACAGCGAUAAUGAGGAUGAUAGCGAUGCCGUAAGUUACGAUGCUGAUUGUUAAUGUUGUUGAUACUUGAGGAAAUCAUUGUUGUUGAUGUUUGUUUCCCCGCAAGCUAAUUCAUUCGUUGUAAAACCCUCGUCCUAGAUGACUCUCCGAACGAGUGUAAAUUCACGAUUAAUUAUUUCUAUUUCCGUACCGGUUAUCAAUGAUUGGGAAACGGAGUUGUCAAUGUAUCAUAGAAGAGAAACAAGAUCAGUCAAAGCAAAGAAUAAUGAAUUAAGAUGGACAAUAAUGAUUUUUUAACAAUAACUCUUUCGUGACUUUCAGAGCUACGUGAACACUACUAAUUUUCCAUAUCUUUCCUGCAUUACCUUGUCUAUUUUUCAUUACUAUGUACAUCGGCCCUAUGAAAAAGAAAAGAAAAUGAAUCUGUAAAGAAUAUCGUAAUUUUUCACACGCUCGGAAGAGUCCGUGGCGCAUGUAAAUGACUGAAAUUAUUUUUAAUCGUACGCUAGCUAAUAGUGUCUAAUAGACAUUCCACAUUGAUAAAUGAUAAAAAAAGAGAACCUUCCAAAAGUAACCACAUCCAUAACCACAUACAUAAAUGUGUACAUCGUGAAAUGUUUGUAGCAGCACGAUGCAGUCGAUGUACUUAAUUGUAAAUACACUCGUAGGUGCGACAAGUUUACUAAAUUACUCAAAAAUACCUGGAUCUUACACUUCAAAAGAAAAAGGAUAAAUCGUUUGAACAGCAGCGGAAAUGUAUUUGUAUCCAACACUACAAUUCACUUGAGGUUUUAGUGAUGUACUACAUAUAAAAUGUCUGAAAUGUUCGCUGUACUAUUUGUUUACCUCUGACUUGCCUCAUCUACGAUGAUGUAUUCCGAAUCGAUAGGGCUAUUGUGUCCUGGUUAUGGAAAUAAGAUCGACAACGUAGAUUGUGAAUAUUUACGGGAAAUUCAACAAAACAAUAACCAAACAAGAAGAAGGAAAAUCUUAAAUUUUUACGUGAUGCCAGAGACGAAUAUUCUGAUGUUUGAAUAAGGAACGACUUGCUUGAAAUGAAUGAAGGGAAGAUACAUUUUUGAUUUGGGACGAGAUAUCGUAAUAUCGAAAAAAUGAUUCGUGCAUUACCUAUAGCGAUUUUUAUUUCUUUAUUUAUUUAGUGAGUGGUUUUUGUUUUCUUUUAGUAGUCGUAAAUUCACUCGGGGAAAAAAAUUUUAACUGAUUAUAUCGAAGGAGUCAUCCAUUUUUCAAACGCGUCGUGCAGCUCGAUUCGCGUCGAUUGAGAAUCCAUUUUCGAAAAUUUAUAUUUCGUUUUUCGAAAUACAUGCAGCACAGAUACAUCCUUAGACGAUAUUCGUAUAUACUUUUACAUAUAUGAUGUAAUUGACUUGUUACCAAAUCGGGAGUGACUCUGGCAAAGAAAAUAAGGAAGGUAUUUUUGUAAUUUUAUUACGUUCGAGCUGUGUUAAAAAAUUUUUCGUUUUCAUCUUGUACCAUGUGUAUCAUCUCACAGAAUUACCACAAAAAGGACCAUAUACCAAAAGGGGAUCAUCCAUCUCUAUUCUGAUAGACCGAAUUGUUUGAAAAAAAAUUUAAUUUGCUAAUUUUUAAUUGUCCAUUUGAAAUUGGAAAGGAAAAAUGUGUACUAUGUAAGCAUUUAGGAAGUUAAGCUUUUUUUUUGAACCCACGACAGACUGAUUUCAUUAUCGAUCAAAUUAUAAUUUUUCUAUUUACACAUAAGAAUGAAUUUUGGUACCUAUACACCUUACACGCAGUUCGUAACAUUCCAUGCUUAAAUUAAAUUAUCACUACCCAUUUUUUUUUUUUAAAAUUCUUAAUUCUUCUCCGUACGAACGUCGUAGAAUGGAUUACUGAGUAGGAAUCAAAAAUAUUGAAUACGCAUAUCCAGUAAUUAGUAAGAUGAGGAUUUUAGAAUCGAUUAUGAAAUUUAAAAUACACAACAUCACAAUCAAAUGAUUAUGCUUUACAAUUAUUUACAUUUUUAAUGACGCACUAUUUACAAAACAUUUGUUUUAACGAAUAUAUUUUACAGUCGUUACACGUAAAAAAAAUCAUUAAUCAAUUUGAUAAAUUUUAUAUAUUGACAUGCUUAUUUAGAUGUUGAUAUAACUUGCCAAUGUCUAUGACGUUAUUUUUUUCAUGCACUUUGAAUACGUAUGAGAAACUGAAUCACAAAAUAUACAUUAACGAACAAAUGUACUGAAUUUUUUAAUUUUACUUAAUCUAUUUGACUGAUCGAUUUGACUAAUUCGCUUCAAAUUUUUUUUUGUUAAUUUUUCCCCCACUAAUUCUUAUUACUGAAAGCAUUGCCUUUUUUUGUCUAUUUUCCGAAAUACAAGUUGGAGACAUACGAUUGUUGCAUAGAGAGAAACAAUUUUAAUGCAUACAAGAUACACGUUGUUAAUUAUUGGAAUAAUUGAAUAAUUUAAUAGAAAUCAUUAAUAGCAUAUAGAAAAUAUUAUGAUAUAUAGAAACACGUCAUACAUAUCAUCCGUUUGCUUUUACAUAUUAAGCCCAUGCGACAGUUUUCGAGUAUUUUGUUUUGAUUUUAGUAUUUUUUGAAAGGAAGGAAAGGGAAAAGGUUAUCCGAAUGACUUCACCUAAGAUCAUGCAUUUAUUCGACGUAUUAUAUGCGAUUUACGUAUUUUUUUUUCGGACUCGUCUUUAAAGCGUUAAAGGUACCGACGAAAGGCGAAAAUUCAAGUUUUAAGGUAAAUAGUCAAUUGUACUAAACGAUUACGUUUGUGGAAUACGAACAAAAUAUGUUAUUGUAAUUCAGAGUCAAAUUUAAUUUGUAGUCUAGGCGCUUCGAAUGCAAACGUUUUUACGUUACCAAUGGUAUAUUAUUAUUACCAGUAUCAUAUACGAAUAAUGGUUAUUGCGCGACUUAUUAAGACUUGCGACAUAAACACGGAGAUACUGUGUGUAAAAUUAAUUGUAAGUUAUCAAACAAAGAAAAUGAUUCAUCUUUCAACUGUCAUUGACCAUUGUUAAUCGUAGUUUUAACAUGUUUGCUCAUAUCCUAGUAUAACUAAGUACAAGUUUGCGUUUAAUUCUUUGAGCACGUUAAGCCGUUAUUAAGUUGCUGUAUAGUGUUUCAAAAAUACUGAUAUCAUUAAAUCACCAUCAACCAAAACUCUAUGAACUCCUUUUUUUAUAACGAUUAGUUAACUGAGACAUUUUUUUCAAUUAUUUUUUCUAUUUCUUUUCCAAUUAAAUUUCCUUAUGUCCCUAUCUUUUGAAACAGCUUUCACAUAAUCCCCUAAUAUGAUUGAUGUAUCCAAUUAUUUGAUUGUCAUAUAUAUUUAUUUAUAUCAAUCAAUCAUACUCAUCCGUCAUAACGUCAUUCGUUUCCAUUACUCUUGCGAAAGUCAAAUUUGUAAACUAAAACGCACGAUUUGCACUCACGAAGCUGUUUUUUGUUGUAAAUGUAAAUUACAAGAAUACAAUUUUACAGUUCUCUAUUUAUCUUAGAACUGGACUUGGGAAAGAAAAGAAGAACAGAAAAUAAUAUCCGGAAUUGAAAUAGGUGGUCGAAAUUAUUUUCAUUCAUUUUAGACGUUAAGGAUUUUAAAUGUCGUGUUGCGAUGUACUGUGCUGCGUUAUUAAUGAUGAAAACUAAUUAAAAUCCAAAUUGAAAGAAAGGAGUCUGUGUGAAAUAGGCGCGAGAGCGUCAAAAUUUUAUUGAACAUUAUUUUCGCUCAACUUCUAUAUCUCAGUCAACUCUGUCGUUGUUAAUCGAUUGUCGUAUGACUGUUACUAGAAACUUUACGCAUUAACACAGGACAAAACUCGAGGAAAGGCAAGUUUUACACGUAAACUUUUAUUACACCUUAUAUACUUACGUUGAUUUUUCGAUGCUUUGAAAAAUGUCUUAAAUUUUGCGCAACUCGUCAGAUCGGCCAAUGCAAGUCUCUGUCAAAUCUCUAUGAAGUAAUCACUUUUCAUCACAGUGAAACUAAUUUAUAUCGUUUUCGAUUGAACUAUACGUCGACUCCGUUCGGUGUAUUUUUGUUCUCUACUGUCGCACGAGGACAAGUGAGACAGAGAUAGACUAAGUGGAGCUAACGUAAAUGGCGUGGGUUCAAUCGAAAACGCUGUAAGAUUCUUGAACUGAAAAAGCGUGACCGAACUUAUGCAAGGUUAUUCACAAGAAACACAUCACCUGAUGUUAACCUGUCCAUUUGAUUUCCAUGAUAGAACCAUCUUCAGGUGAUGGAUUUGUCGUGAAUAUAUACGUAUAACCUGGUGAUACCUAAAACGGAUAACGAAUUAAUAAUAGAUUAUCAGGGAAAAGUUACUGUUUUUGAACUUUCAAUGUAUUAUAUAUCUUAUACAUGUACGAUUAGGAAACUGACCGAAAACGCGACAUGUUAUGUAUAAUAUUGUUUAAAUUAAUCAAGCACUCGUUACAGAAAUUUCACUAAGAAAAAAAAAAUGAAAUUGAAAAGGAA